AUGUUUUUGAUUAGAUUAAUUCUCAUCAAAGAAGUAUUUGGAUGGAGAUUUUACGACUAGUCAUCAAAUUCUUUGCUAGGUUUUGCAAUUACCGAACCAAAUUGUCCUGAAUUACAUAUAUUUAUGCCAGGAAUGCAUCCACAUAAAUGUGUCUGUAAUUAUUUGCUUUAUUAAUAGCUUAUGCUUUGAUUUGCAAAGAUGUUACAGAAGUAUUAGUAAAAACUGAAGUAAAUGGAACUUAACAUGUGUGUCAUCCCAGAUUUUAACCAUGGGGAGCAGGGAAUCCAACUUUAGAUAAAUAUAUAGUUCAUUGCGGAUUUGUAACAGGCGUUUCGCUUGUAAUAGAGUUGCUACCAGACGGAUUUUAUAAAUUUUAUUGUAAAUGUAAGUAUAAAUGACUAUUACUUUAGAUAUUAGCGAUUUAUAACAUUAAAAUUGUUUGAUAACCACCUAUCACUAAGGUAUAUUUCGAUGUUAUAUUUGUAAACGUCCAUUUAUUGGAGAUGGUUUUGGUUGUAAUUUAUUGAAAUUUGGUUAUGAUAAUAGAUUUACAAGUCCUAAUGAAAGAUGUAUUACAAUAUCAUUAUUAAAGUAUGUGAUGGAUAUUGUUUGCAAUGUAAUGAAAAUAAGUAGUGUUCUUAGUGUAGAUAGGGGUUUGUACCCAGAUCUUCGGAAGAUCGAUUAUGCUCUAUAUGUACUUUAUAAAAAAUUAUAUUUAUAUUAAUAGAUUGUUAUGGUUAUAAAGAUUGUGUGGUGUCAUAAAACGAGUUUUUUCAUAGUGCAGAUUGCUUACCUGAAUUUAUGCUUUUACCUGAAUUUAUACUUUCACCUUUUAGAUGUCUAAGUAUUUAUGUUAGCAUAAUUUUUUUUUAGGUAUUACUCCUUGUCUAUCUGCUCUUCCAUCAUCCUUAAAUAAAUACGAUUGUGAUAAAUGCAAGUAAGGAUACAUAAAAAAGUUUGGGUUUGGAUAUGGAUAUGAAAAUAGAUGCUUUUAAAUGGAUUGGAAUUGUGACCCUUCAAGAUAAUCAAUGAUAUUUGAUUAUGAAAUUAACAAAGAAAAGUAUUAUUAUAAUACAUGUACUUUAUGCGAUCUAGGAUACUUUUACUCGAUUACGUAAAAAAAAUGCUUAUGUAAUUAUUUAUUUAUAAAAUUAUUUAGAAAUUUCAUAUAAAUCUUAUUGUGUCUUAUUAGACCCUAAUAGAAUUAAUUGUAUGGGAUGUCAUCAGUCUUUUGCAUUAUAACCAGAUGGCACAUGCAAAUUUAGAGUAUGCAAUCCAAUAUGUUCCACCUGUUUGGAUACUAAUCCAAGUUUUUGUACCACUUGUGACAGCAAAAAAAAUUUAAUAGCUGAUAAUGGUAUCUGCAAAUGCAAACCAUUCUAUGGUUUAUUAGAUGGAAUUUGCACACUUUGUGCGGAGAGUUAUUGUUAUAAUUGUGAAUAUAAUGAUUUUUAUUCAUGUACUUCAUGUAAACCAGGAUCAAAUAGAAUAGUAGUAAAUAAGCAGUGUAUUUGUUAACCAAGUACAUUUGACCCUUAAAAUGAUGAUUAAAUUUGCCUUUGUAAAUUUGUUAUUGAUUUUUAGUUUGUGAUAAAUCUUGUCAAACUUGCUUUGGUCCCUUAUUUUAAGAAUGUAUUGAUUGUGUAGAAGAAAGUAUUUCAAACAGAAUUUUAAUUGGAAAUGUUUGUCAAUGUAAAGCCGGAUACUCUGAAUAUGAAGUUAAAGAAUAAACAUGUGGAAGUAUUACUUUUAACUAAUUUUGAAUGCCAUGCAAGAUGUCAAACUUGUUUCUAAGCAGCCGACGGAUCUGAAAACCAAUAUUGUCUGACAUGUAUACCUGGAUAAAAUCGGGUUGUUUCAGACACUUUCAAAUGUGAUUGUGAAGUUAGUUAUAGUGAUUUUGGGGGCAUUUUAGAGAUUUGUGCAGGUGCAUUAAUAAAUUAAAUUUAGUAUGUCAUUAUACAUGUGGAAAUUGUUUUGGAGUUGAAGCAACAAAUUGUUCAUAAUGUUCAGAAAGUUCUUAUAGAGAAUUAACACCUUUAGGGGAAUGUUUAUGUAAAUAAUCCCAUUAUGAUAAUAAUACUGAUAACAUAAAAUGCUAAAGUACUUAAUUAAAUGUUUUUAAUAGAGUGUCACCAUUCUUGUUUAACAUGUGCUAACAGUACUGAAAAAGAUGCAUGUUUAGAAUGUCCUUCUAGUAGAACAGCUUAAUAAUCAGGUAGUUUCUUUGAAUGCUUUUGUACUGAUUCAAAUACAUUUGAUGAUGGUUUUUCACAAUAAUGUCAAUAAUGUGAUUUAUCUUGUAAAACAUGUUAUGGUCCACUUUCAUCUAAUUGUUUAACAUGCGAUAAAAAUUAUAGAUAGCUGGAAUUAUCAUAUUGUGUUUGUCCAAUAAAAUAUUAUGAUAUUGGAGAAUUAAAAUGUGCAGGUAAUUUUUAUUCAUUAUUAAUAGAAUGUCAUUAUUCUUGUCACAGAUGUUUUGGUAAUAAUGCAGAAAGUUGUAUUAUGUGUUCUUUCGACCUUAAUCUUAGGGUUUUGAAAGGCAACACUUGUAAAUGUGUUGAUGGAUAUUAUGAGGAAGAUGGAAUUGCUUAAUGUUAAAGUAAUUUUUAAAAUUAUUAAUAUCUAUUAGAAUGUUCAUAUAAAUGUGAGAAAUGUGAUAUUCAACCGGAUAAAUGUUUGAGUUGUCCAUUAAAUUCAUUACGUAAACUUGAUCCCAUUAAGAGAUGUUAUUGUCCAGAGGAAUACUUUGAUAAAGAAAAUGAGACAAUUUGUCUAAGUAAUAUAGAUAUAUGAUUGAAAGAAUGUCAUUUUAAAUGUAAAACCUGUAAAGGGAUUGAACAAAAUGAAUGUCUCUCCUGCGAUUCUAUUUAACAUAGAGAACUAAAAAAUAGUUUAUGUUAAUGCUAACCAAAUUACUAUGAAAUGGAAGUUUAAGAAUGCGCAAGUAACCAUUAGAUCUAAAAUAGGUUGUAGCCCAUUCUGUUAUGAAUGUAUUAACAAUUCUAAAAAUUGUACUUCAUGCAAAGACGAUAGAUAUUUAGAUUGGAAUACAUGCAAAUGUAAAACUAAAUUUCAUGGAGUAUCAAUUAGUACAUUUGAUUUUAAUGGAAUGCUUAUCUGCUAGAGUAUAUUAUUAAGUAAAAUUAGAAUGCCAUUAUUCAUGUGGUACAUGCAUGGGAAUGGAUGAAGGGAAUUGUAUUUCUUGUAUGGAAACUGAAAAUAGAUUCUAAAUAGGAAAUACUUGUGCUUGUAAAGAAGGAUACUUUGAUACAGGAUUGCCGACUUGUGAAAGUAUAAAUGUUUGUUAUAAAUAGAAUGCAGUUAUAAAUGUAAAGAAUGUUAAAAGAAUUUUGACAGAUGUAUUUCUUGUCAGGAUAACAGUUUGAGAUUAUUAGUUUCAGGUUUCAAUAAAUGUCAAUGUAUUCAAGGAUAUUAUGAUGAUGGAUAGAAUGAUGUUUGUUAAAGUAAAUAUGAUUUCUAAUCAUUUUAAGAAUGCCAUUUUUCGUGUCUCAAAUGUAAUGAUAUAGAAACGAAAUGCGAAUUAUGCUUAAAAGAAUCAAAUAGAAUUUAUAAUAAUCUGCUUUUUUCAUGUGAAUGUAAUAUUGGAUAUUAUGAUAUUGGAGUUGAAAACUGUUAAAAAUGUCACUAUUCUUGUUUAAGUUGUAAUUCUGGAGAUUCUAGUUCGUGUAUAUCUUGUAUAGAUGUGAAUAAUACUAAAAGAGUAUAUUAUAAUAAUACAUGUAAAUGUUUAUUUGGAUAUUUUGAUGAUGGUUCAUCAAUUUCGUGUUAAAAAUGCGACAUUUAAUGCUUAUAAUGUGUUGAACAAUCUUAUUAAUGCUUAUCAUGUCCUUAGACAAGAAAAAUAGAAAUAAAUUGUAAAUGCUAAUAGGGAUAUUACGAUAUUGGCUUAUAACUUUGUUCAAAGUGUAAUUCAAAAUGCCUGACAUGCGAAACUAUAUCAAAUAAUUGCACAUCAUGUGAUCCUAAUUAAUUCAGAUAAUUUAACAUAAUGAAUAAAACCUGUGAUUGCUAAAUAGGUUAUAUUGAAAUAGAUGGAAUCUGUUAAUAAUGUAAUUCAAGUUGUAAGACAUGCUCUUAAUCAAUAAAUUAAUGUACUUCUUGUAUUUAAUUUAAACACUUAAAAAAUAAUGAUUGCAUUUGUAAUGAUGGAAUGUAUGAAUAAAGUAAUGAUAAAUCAUGUAAAUUAUGUGAUAAAACUUGUUUAACUUGUGCUAAUACUAAUACUUAUUGUUUAUCAUGCUCUAUUGAUAAUUUUAGACAAUUUAAAUAUGGGAAUACUUGUGAAUGUAUACAAGGAUAUUAUGAAAAUCCAAUUAAUUAGAAUUGCGAACAAUGUAUGAGUUCCUGUUUGACUUGUUCCUUAGUACACGAUAAUUGCUUAACUUGUGAUAAUAAUCUUAAUUUAUCUUUGAUCAACAAUAAAUGCUUAUGCUCAUAAUCUUAUUUCUUUGAUCCUGUAAAUCAUUCAUGUUAAUGUAAUAAUAUAUAUUUAUAAAUAGAAUGCAAUAUAACUUGUUUAGAAUGUUAAAGUAUUAAUGAAUGUACGUAAUGUAGAUUGUCAACUAGACAUUUAGUAGUAGAUUUAAAUAAGUGUUUAUGUAAUGAUGGAUAUUUUGAAACGAAUUAAUAUCAUUGCUAAUGUAAUAUAAAGUUAAAUACUAUUUAGAAUGUCAUUAUUCGUGUAAUACUUGUGAAAAUAUCAAUACUAAUUGUUUAACUUGUAUGAGUUAAAAUCAUAGAAUAUUAAUAAAUAAUAAGUGUUUGUGCCUCGACGGCUAUUAUGAAGCUGGAAUCGAAUUGUGUUUUAAAUGCAAUAGUCUUUGUAAAACAUGUCAAUCUUCUGCUUCAUUUUGUUUAACUUGUUACGAUAUUGAACAUAAUAGAUAUCAUUCAGGAGACAAAUGUUUAUGUAAACCUGGUUAUUAUGAAUAAAACACAUAGAUAUGUUCAAGUAAUCAAAAUUAAAUUAUAAAAUAGAAUGCUCAAAUGAAUGUUUAACAUGUUAAGGUUCUGCUAAUUAUUGUACAAGCUGUGAUACUAAUUCUAAAAGAGUUGACCAAUCAAUUUUACAUAAAUGUCCUUGUAUUAUUGGAUUUUAUCAAGAUCAAAAUUUUAUUUGUUAAAGUAAAUUUCAAAAUUAUUGUUAGAAUGUAAUAUUAAAUGUUAAACUUGCAUCAAUUCGAGUGAAUAAUGUUUAAGUUGUAAAAUUUAAUAAAAUUCAAAUCGUAAAUCUAUAUCUGAUUAAUGUAAUUGUAAAGAUGGUUAUUUUGAUGAUGGAACAUAAAUUUAAUGUUAAAAAUGUAAUUUGUAAUGUAAAAUUUGUAAAAUUAAUCCAAAUAAUUGUUUAAUUUGCUAAAAUUCAUUAAGAGUUAACCCACCUACUUGUGAUUGUAUUGAUGGGUAUUAUGAAGAUGAGUAAUUCAAUUGUUAAAGUAAAUUUUAUUUCUUAAAAUAAGUUUGUGAUUCUAAAUGCAAUACAUGCUUCUAGGAAUCCUCAAAUUGUUUGACUUGCAAGCCAGGGAGAAUUGAUAAAGAUUGCAAAUGUAUUGAUGGAUAUUUUGAAACUGGAUAAACAUUAUGUUAAUGUAUUUAAUUAUUAAUAUUAUUUAAAUAGAAUGUGCAUUUUAAUGUGCUACUUGUGUUUUAGAUAAUUUGAAUUGCAAAACUUGUAAAGGUAAUAGAUUGUAAGAACCAUUAUGCAUAUGCUAAUCUGGAUAUUAUGAUGAUCAAUUAAAUAAAGAUUGCUAAAAAUGCGAUAGUACAUGUUUAGAAUGUAAUAUUAACGGAUGUUUGUCUUGCUUUGCUAAUAGAGAACUAAAUGAAGAAAUGAACUGUAUUCCUCCACCAAACUCAAUUUGGUAUGAUAAUACCCCUUGGUGUUCAAGUAAAUUAUUCCAAAAUAAUAUUACUAGCUUGUCAAGUUGCAGUAGUUAAUUCAUAUUUAUCAGAUGACCUUAGCAUGAUCAUUAUCCAUUUUGAUUUCCCUUUAAAUUCAAAGAGCUUCAAUUCUUAAAUAUAAGUUAAUAAAUGCUUAUAAUUAUUUGAAUUAAUAUCUGUCCAAAGUUUUGGUUAAAAUUCAGUUUGUACUCUAAACCCUGAGGAUAAUAAGGAAUUAUUAAUAUAUCUGGGAGAAAACUCGAAAAUUAAUGUUGGUGAAGCAAUCCUAUUUAAAAAUAAUUCAUUAUCUCAUAUUAAUUGUGAAACUACUAUAAAAACAUUUAUCUUUGCAACAUUAUAAUAACCAAACUAUCCAUUUCCUCCAAAAAUUAGUUAUCUUAUACCUCUUCAUAAACUCAAUCCUUAUGCUGAUAAUUAAGUAUAUCUACAAACAAUUAAAAACAAUGGAAAUAGAAAAUUAAUAAACAUUAAUUGGAGUUGUUAGGUUUAAUCUAACGAACCUAGCACUAUGCUUAAUUAAUUUUUGGAUUAAAUUAACUUUCUCUAAGAAUAAAAUUUAUUAAUACCAAAACUUACUUUACCUAGUAAUGCAGUAUUAAAAUUUAGAAUUGAAUAUUAUAAUUUCAUCCUUAUUUAAUCUUAUUCUGAAUUUACAAUAUACACUCAUGCAGGAGAUGUACCAUAGAUUAAUAUAGAUGUGAAACCCUCAUAUUUUGUUUAUGAAACAAUCACAAUUGGUGUUUCUGUUGGCACUUUAGUUUAAUCAAUUUCAAAUGAUUCUUCUAGAUAUUAGAUUUAACUAAUUGAAAUUGAUAGAUAUCCUUAAAAGUCAUCUUCAUCAGAUUUGAAUACUACUAUUGAUUCUAAUUCCUUUGAAAUGGUCUACACAACUAUUCCAAGAUAUACUUUAAGCAACAAUUCAACAUAUACAUUUUAAGUCACUGCAAUUAAUUUAAAUUCUAAUAAAUCUUAAAAUUUAAAUUUUACUUUUGAAACUAAAAUGGCUGGAUUGUUUUGUUAGUUUAACAACCAAGGAAUUUAGAAUAUUAGAAGAGAUUUAAAUCUCGAAAUAUAUUGUGAAGAUUUUGAUUCAACAAAUGAUAGGUAAAGUGAUCCAGAUAUAAAUAUUGAAGUGGCUUGUAAAGAUUUAUCAUUUAAUACUUCAUGCAAAAAUGAAUAAAAAUAAAUGAUAAAUGUAAAUAAAACUGAUUAUUUUCAAUUCAUUAAAAAAAAUUCAAUAUCCACCUAUACUGUCUAAGAAUGGACAGUGACUGUUACAAAAUUUCAAUAAAUUUCUAAAUUUACUUAAAUUAUUGUUUAUCUUGAUGAUGAUUUUCCUUAAUUAGAAUUAUAAUUCAAUAAGGGUUAUAUAAUGAGAAAAAUCAAUAAUUAUGAAUAACUAAAUUUUACAUAUCUAAUCCCAUUUGAGAAAAAAUUCCAUUUAUUAGAUCUAUCAAUUACAAUGAUUUAUGACUAUUAGAUAAUAGAAAUACUUCAACCAAAAUUCAUUUCUCAUCAAUUCAAGAUAUUUAAUAGCAUUAAUGAAUUAAAUCUUGGUGACAACAUCAAUCUUAAAUUUGCAGCUUAAUAUACUAAUAAUAUCAUGCCAAGCAUAAAAAAUAUAUAAUUAUCUAUUAAUUAGCCUGUAAAAUGUUCUAAAUUACUUAUUAAUCGUUAAAGUGACUUUGCUCUUACAGAUUUUUUAGUAGCAACAACUUGUGAAUAAUCAAAUGAUUCUCCUUAUAAAUAUCAACUUAGGUAAUUCUUGAGAGAAUCUGAUUUAACAGAUUUUUUAAAAGGAAUAUCAGAUAAUUCCUUAAUUUUCUAUCCAUUUUAAACUUAAAAUUAAUUCUUAAUAUAAGCUCCCACUUCUGUUGACUCUACAACAAUUGGAGUUUUAGUAGAAGUUAUUGAUAAUGGGGGAUCAAUUACUUAUACUUUUGAAAAGAUUCCUAUUAAAUCAGCAAAAAUCAAUUGCUCAUCAAUAAAAUUUUAAGAUUUAACUUUAUAAAACAAAAUAACUCUGCUAUUUGAAGCAAUAAAUUAAAAAUGUGAUGAGCUACAUUAAUAAAUUUAUCUUGAUUUGAUUUCAUCUUAAAUUUUGUCAGAUAAGAAUGAGAAUAUCCUUAAAAUUUAAGCUAUAAAAUUAUAUAAAUAGUUCUUAAUAAUUUCAGAAGAAAUAAAACCUAAAAAUAGGUUAUUGAAUGAAGAAAUUCCGGGAAUAUGUUUAGAUCAAAAUUCAAGCCAUUUAUUUAUUACCUAAAAUUCCACUUAGCCUGAAGUAAAUUUAACAAAAAAGAUAGAAGAUUUCAAAGUAAAUACUGAAAAUUUUAAUAUUAUUUUAUAAUAUUUUAGUAAAAUGAAGAAACAAUGCGAAGAGGAGUUAGAAGUAAAUUUAUACGUUUGGAAUGAAUAAAUCUUUUAAUAAUAUUAAAACUCUUAAGAUUGCGUAAGAAGUUUAUUAUACUAUCUUGAUGAUAUUUAUUCUGAUUUUUCAUAAAUAAAUAUAAAAAAUGAAAUGAUAGAUCAAAUUAUUGUUGAGUUGUUAAGGGUUUUUGAUAAGAUUGUGGAGGAAACCCAAAAUAUUAUUAUCGUAAACGACAAGCCAUUAGCUAUUAAUGGAAUUGAAAUUAUUUGGAAAAUCAAAAGAAGAACAAAAUCGUUAUUCAAUCAAUAAUUUAAUAUUCAAUAAACUUAAGAAGAUUUUCUUAUAGAUUUUAUUCAAUUUGAAUAUAUUUACUUUAAAAAAAAUCCUUUAAGAUUUAACUUGAAUCUGGUAGAAAUUCUUUAAACAUAUUUUAAUGACCAAACAUUACAAAUAUACUCAGAUAAUUAUUAUCAAAUUAAAUUGAAAAACUUUUAUCGCAAUAGAUUUUAAGAAUAUGAAAAUUUUUCAUCUAUUUAUAUCACACAAUUUGGAUCCUAUCAAGUUUGCUAAAAUACUACAAAAUUUUUAUCUGAAUAUGAAAUAAUUUGCGUAAUUAGAACAAUGACUGGAAAAUUUUAUUAGUGUAAUUUGAGUAGAGUAUAGAAUAACGAAAAAAUUGAGAUACAUUGUGUAUGUAAUAAGUUUGGUGAGAUUUUCCUUACAACGUCAACAAAAAAAAUUAUUGUAAGUGACUCUCUGAAAUAAAUAAAUAAUCUUGAAUUUGCUUCCAAAUCUGAAGACCUAUUAGCUUUAUAACUGAGUACAUGUUCUUUUUCAUUAAUUUUUCUGAGCAUUUUUAUUUUUUAAUUAUAUAAAGAUAAAAAGGUUGAAUAAGAGAGGUCUGAGACUGAAUAAAGUAAUCUAAGCUCACCAAACAUAUAAGAAAGAAAAAGUCAAAUAUAUCAUGGUAAUUUUAAAGUGUAUAUAGAAAAAUUAAAGGUAUCAUUUUAUUGAUAUAUUAGCAAAUCCAUUAAACUAUUUCACUAUUUUAUUAUAAAGACAAAAAUAUUGAAUUUAGUUAUAGGAUUUUAGAAGUACUCUCCUAAUUCAAUCUAUAAUUAGCUUUAACAUUACUUGAAUGCUAAUUGUUCAAUAAUUAAAUUUUUUUCAUUUGUGUAUUUAUAGUCCUAAACCCUUUUAUCAUUUUGUUGAUGAGAAUUUUUUAUAAAAUUAUUGAAGCAAUAUAUAGGUUCAAAAGAAUUGCUGCUCUUAUUAGCCAUCUUCUACUUAUCAUUGUAAUGAUGUCCCCCAAUCUUAUCAUUUAUAUUUUUUACAUAAAAAAGUAUCUAUUAAACUAUGAUAGUAUUUAAAUGCAAUCAGAAUAAUAUUUAGUUGCCAUCAUCUAUUUAGGGAGUAUUCUGAUUUCACAAGCAUUGAUAGAACCAAUUACAAUUUUUGGAAGAAUAUUAAUUUAUAGAUCAAUAGCUAAAAGUCUGAACAAUAUGGAUUUAAAUCCUGUGUAUCACUUAAUGCACUUUUUUGUUAUGCAUAGCAGUUUAGAGGAAAUAUUUGAAGAAUUCACAAAAAUUUGA